CUUUGCCCACGGCUGGGCGCGGGGAUUUGGGGAAUAUCGGGAAUUUCGGGAUUUUCCCGGCGGCGAUCGCGAUCCCGAUCCCGCUCCCAGAGCGCGGGUUCCCGCCCGCGCCGCGCCGCUCCCGCCGGCGGGGGCGCUGCUCCCGCGCCGGGCCCGGCAGCGGCGCUCCGCCGCCUCCCCUCUGUGGUGCGGCCGGGCGGGGCCGGCUCCAGGCGGCCGCUCUAGCCCGGCGCCCGCGCGCUCCGCGCCGCUGGGGCUCUAUGGCGGGGGCCCCUGGGCGCGCACUCUAUGGUCGCGGCCCGCCCCCGCCGCCGGCGCCGCUUCCCUGAGGCGGGACCGGGCCGGGACCGGGGCCGGGACCCGGCGGCGGCUCCGGCGCUCCCCACGCGCGGCCCUGCGGGGCUCUGAGCUGAUGAUGGAAGAGGUGCACAAGGGCGGCAGCAGCAGCUCUGUUACGUCCCAGCCCUCAGCUGUACAAGGUACAACCCUGCAGGCAGCUCAGCUCUCUCAUAUUGCUCAACAGAUGUCUCUCAGAGGUUCUGCUCCCCUCACAGUCGUUCAGCUUCCUGGAGAGCAAGUCCAGGUCCAGGGAGUCAUUCAGACAGCUCAGUCCUCCUCUGUGAUCCACUCCCCUCAGGUGCAAACCGUGCAGGUAUCUUCCUUAUCUGAGAGUGAGGAUUCUCAGGACUCCUCAGACAGCAUUGGCUCCUCUCAGAAGGCUCGAGGCAUCUUGGCUCGUCGUCCAUCCUACCGAAAAAUUUUGAAAGAUCUUUCUUCUGAAGACACACGGGAUAGAAAAGGAGAUGAGGAAAGUCCUGGGGUCUCCACUGUCGCCUCCAUGUCCGUUCCCACGCCCAUCUACCAGACAAGCACUGGACAGUACAUUGCCAUCGCAGCCAACGGGCUGCAGCUGGCGGGGCCGGGGGCGGACGGGGUGCAGGGGCUGCAGACCCUGACCAUGGCCAACGCCGGCGGCUCCCAGCCCGGGACCACCAUCCUGCAGUACGCCCAGACCUCGGACGGGCAGCAGAUCCUGGUGCCCAGCAACCAGGUGGUGGUGCAGACUGCCUCUGGGGACAUGCAGACGUACCAGAUCCGCACCACGCCCACCACCUCCUCCCUGCCCCAGACCGUGGUGAUGACAUCCCCUGUCACUCUGACAUCCCAGAGCAGCAAGACAGAUGACCCACAGCUGAAACGAGAGAUCAGGCUGAUGAAGAACAGAGAAGCUGCCCGGGAGUGCCGUAGGAAGAAGAAGGAGUAUGUGAAAUGUUUGGAAAAUCGAGUGGCAGUCCUGGAAAAUCAGAACAAAACUCUAAUUGAAGAGCUAAAAACUUUGAAAGAUCUUUACUGUCAUAAAAGUGUGUAAGAAGAGAAGGUAAAAACCUUUGGGGACUGGUGAAAUAUCAGAGGAGAAUUUUUUUUUUAUACUGAAUUUUUUAAACUAGAUGAAAGGUCAAAAAUGAAACUUUUCUACCUAGAUUUCACAGCUCAAAGACUCUAUAGAUUUUCUUUACAACAUGUUGGUGACAAAGUACAAAGAGGAAACAAGAAAACCUCACCAAAAUUCCUGCUGGCACAACUGGAAACUGCUGAAUUCAAGAUUGCAGCUACAGUGGAAGGACAGUCACGUGUGGCAAGGCAGGUGAUGAGAGUUUCUUUGAAAAUUCCUAGGAAUGCCUCUAAUAAGGGAGGCAAAAUUUGGUUACAAAGAAAACAUGGAUGAAACAGAAUCCUUGCCAGAGCUGACAUUAUUAGUAACAUUUAUAACCAGUGUAUGUUUUGAUUUCUUACUCUUUUUCAAGCCUUUUUCCUUCAGUUAUUUGUCUGUAAAUAUUUUUAUUUUAACCUGUAAGUUGGUAUUUACAGGUGCAGAUGAUAAAAAAGCUGAUACUUUGCUCGAGGUAUAAAUUAUGUUUUUACUCUUUCUCAGAUGACAAUUUUAAAAGUUGGGAUGAUUUUUUUUCCAUGUUUGCCGUGUUUAUCAGAUUGGGGAAGGAUCUGCAGAAGGCAGCAAGAGGCCUGGUCCUGGAAAUGUCUGAGGCACAGAAAAUUGUGUUGAUUUUCCUAGAGAAUUCAACACAUCAAUGAUCUUAAAGCACAGUGUGAGGGACAAGGAUGGGUGACAACAGUUCUGAAGAAUUUCUGAGAUUCAACUUCUCAAAGUUUUUAAUUUCACAGGAGUUUGUUCUUAGUUCUGGGCAUGAGGAACAUCGAUCAUUGAAAAUUAAAUUGUGUGCUGAUCAUAUCUACAAUUAAAGACUCAGAGCUUGUCCUGGCUGGGGAUUCUCCUGGGCUUUGGAACAUGAAACCAAAUAGAAGAAAAAUGAUGUAGUGAAAAAUGAAAGAUCUAUACCAAAGGGUCAUGAGGUUCUAAUCUCUGGUUUAUUGCUGGAAGUAGUGCAAAAUUACAAUUUCCAGCCUAAUUUUGUAAGGUAGGAGCUAUUUUGCAAAGUAAUGGUAUCUUUGUAAGCAAAUACUAUAUUGCAAACAGGGAGAUGGUUGGUAUAUUUUGUAGCUAAAUUGUGAUCUUUACAAAACCUGAAAUUGAGUUUCUAUACGUAUUUUGACAGUUUAUAUCUUUCAUUUUAGUAACCAAAUGAAAUAUUUUGUGAACCAGAUUUUCAAGGAUAUAUUUUUAUGGAUAGAACAAAGUCAAAUGAGAUCCUCUUUGGUGUAGGAGAUACUUGAAUUAAUUUUGUAUGUCUGUAGGCAACUUGCAGAAAAAACAGAUCCUAAAGAGUAUUGGGGGGGGGAAAAAGAGGGAAAAAAAAAAAAGAAAUUAGGGCUUUUUACUCCCCAGAGUUGACAAUAUCUGCACAUUAGAUCUCAUUGUGUCAGAGAGUCCAGUUUGUACAAUUUAAAUUUGUUUCAGGUGAAAAUCAAAAGUUUAACAUGAUCAGGACUCCUUUACCUGGGGGAUUUCCAUUCUUGGAGACCCCCAGGGCUGUCUGGCUGUGGGCAGGACACGGUCCUGGGCAAGGUGUGACCCUGCUGGUCAGGCCGUGGUCUUGGGCAGGUGCUGUAGGUGACUGCAGUGCUUCUUGCAUGAGUAAUAAACCAUUUUCCUAGCUGGGAUUGAAUCCUGCUUCCAGUUCUGUCAGCGGGAAUUACACAAUGACUGUUCUGCUGUUCUGAGGUGUUAGAGCUCCGUGUGUGUCGUGCUAGCUCAGAUCUGGAUGGAAUUCCAAGCUGUGCUCCCUCCCUGGAUGUGUAAUCCCAUGGUCAGUCAGUAUUUUUGAUUUACUCCUUUGGGAAUUAAUGGACUUUUAGCAAGCAGAGCUCUUUGCCAUGAGGAAUCUGCAUUCCACAAUCUCCUGGUUAGUGGGCUAGAAAAGGAUAUUUUUUUUUCCCCUGAAGUUCCUAAGCCUCUGUUGUGGGCACAAGUCCCAGUGCAUUUCCUUUAGGCCAGGCUGGAGUGGGACUCCUGGUUGCCAUCAUGUCAGAAAAAAAGCUUUGUGACACAUCAGAAAUAAGGUUGGGAAAGUCCUAAACUGAGGGAGCUGCUCCUGGAGAGGUGUCGGUGUUUCCCGUUUCUUUGGUGGAAUUUCAGGAGAGUUGAACAGCCUGGAAUGUGCCUGGAACAUGCACCUCAGAGAACUGGACCUUUCCUCAGCUGUGUGUAACCUGGCAUGUGGGAGAGGGUUUGACCUACAGUUCUGAACUGCUUUGGGAACUCUGUGGUAGCUGAUCCUCACUGUGUUCUCUUUUUUCCUUUUGUAAGAUGGAACAAUAAUAAACAAAAACUAUCAAGUGUUAAGACUGUAAAAACCUGGUGGCCAAUUCUUCUUGUAUCCAGCAAGGGAAGCACCUGUCCUGCCAGACACACCAGGAGUCCAUUUUUAUACUCUUAAAAUACUGUGUUGGAAAGAACAGCUGGUUUUUCAUCAUGGGAAUAUUAAACAGUAACACAAGUUCGCUCUUUAAGCACUGAUCAUGAAGUUCUUAGUUUGGAUUUACUUUCAAAUCUCGAUUUUAAAGAGUAAAAUCUCAUUCCUGAGGGUAAAAGAUGCAGCAGCUGAUGCUGUUCUGCUGGUUGGUUCCAAACAGUCCGUGCUUUCCAUGAAUUGUAAAUAGUUGUUGAAACAAUUAAUGGUUGCAAAUUUUGAUCUUGGUAAAUAAAGUCGCUAAAAUAUUAUAA